AUGGCUCCUACCAGAGAAAGAAGAUGGUGGACGAGCCAAGAAGAUGACAUACUCAAACGAGAGGUGCAGGGAAAAAGUACCAACCCCAUCUGCCCCCUUGUUACGCGUGCUGCCAAAUCUAACAAAGAUCUCCAUCUCCCAGUGCGCCAAGGCGGGAACGUCCAAAACUGGAACGACAUCGCCAUGUCAUUACCGGGCCGUACCAACAAGGACUGCCGCAAGCGGUGGGCAAAGAUCCAAGUCGAUAUUCGAAAAGGUGCUUGGACACAAGAAGAAGACGAGAGGUUGCAGAAGGCCGUGGCGCAACUCGGGUGCAAAUGGUCACAAGUAGGGGCCAUGGUUCAAAGUAGAAAUGCCGACCAAUGCGCGAAACGUUGGCAACAUGUAUUGGGACCCGACGUUAAGCAUUGUUCAUGGACCCCCGAGGAGGACAAGAAGUUGUUGGACGCGAUGGGUAAGUUUGGAAACAACUGGAAGCAGAUUGGUCUUACCGAGCUGCCGGAUCGUUCCACCCACGAUCUACGCAACAGGCAAGUCGAAAAGAGUCUCAUUCUCGGCCGCAGGAGUCGACAUGCACAAGCUAAUGACUCGAAUUCCUCUUCACGGUCAUUACCGGAGACCCAUGACGAGGAAAUGGCCAGCAGUAGUCCUGACGUUAAUGAUGAGGACGAGAGUUGCGAGGGUGACGGUUACGACGUAUUUGAUGAAGGUUCCGAGUGUGAAAUGACCGACUCAAGCGAAAAUCAGAAGCAUCAGCUCGUGAUGGACAUGAGUCUCCUGUCCGAUGAACCAGUGGAGGCAACAGAACUCGGGCCCACGUCUACGAUCAUACCAGACUACCGUCACUCAGACACAUUCUUGCCAGUACCCGCUCUGGAGUUGCCAGGUACUACUUUCGACAUGUUCGACCCGAGCUGCAUAGGCACCUCAGAUCACUCAUCGGGGAAUUCGGCUAUUCAAACUCCGGAUAGCGAUUGGAUGUCUUGGCUCAAUUCGCUUGAGAAUGACACCUCAGUUUCGCUGGAUUCCCGGCCCUCAUGGUGGGAUGAAGGUCCCACUGAUCAAAGUUACUUUCAUGACUCCAGCUAUGGAAGUUUUGAUGUCAACACGGCUGGUAUUUCGGAUACUAUUCAUAUCUCAAGAGCAAGGAAACGUGUCAAAGGCGAGGCUUCUCCAAGAGCUUCUCUCAGGUCAGUGACUCGCGCUGAGAACCCAUCGAAGGACAAUGGACAGAUGGGUCUUGUCACUUUGUCUCUGGACCAAGUAGACCCGAUAAUCGCCAACGAGAUAAUAGGAAGCGUCAUGAAGCACAGCGCUGGUCUCAAGAUCAACUGUACCGUCAAUAAUCACCCAUAA